CGCAUUGGCUAAACGCGUUCUUCCGCCUGUUGUAGGCGGGACUUCCUUUGUGUUUGUUAUGAAAAAUGUCACUGGUGGGGGGACUCGCGAUGGUAUCUGCCUCAAUGUCGAACGUUUUAAGGCUUUCCAGGGCUUCCGCGCUCCUCGCAAACAUCGCGGCGAGACAACGCCUUCAUCGCCUCCUCCGCAGUCCCCUGCGCAUUUCCACCGGGAGCCUUCGACCGCUCAGCAGCGCUUCAAGCCAGGAGAAGCCAGAAGAAGGCGAAGACAAGGUCCACCUCACUAAGUCCUGUGUCAAGAGACUUGGUGAAAUCAUGGAGAAAGGAGAGUACCUGAGAAUACGUGUGGAAGGGGGAGGCUGCUCAGGCUUCCAGUACAAGUUUUCGGUCGACGCCGACAGGAGCGACGACGACAGAGUGUUCGAGCAGGACGGGGUGGGCAUAGUCGUGGACCAGGAUAGUCUGGAGUUUGUGAAAGGGGCCACGGUGGAUUUCAGCCAAGAACUCAUCCGCGCCACCUUCCAGGUGCUGAAGAACCCCCAAGCGGAUCACGGCUGCUCCUGCGGCAGCUCCUUUUCUGUCAAACUUUAAGUGGCACGACAAUUGUGGUCUGCAUCACCUGCAUGCGCAAUACUCCCCGCUUCAGACAGACAAUGUACAUUACACAUUGGCCAACGUGAAAAACAUUUUUUUCUUUUUUUUUUUUAGCAUUUUCUGACUACAAUUGAAUUUCACUGGCUGAUGGCAAAAUUCACUAUAAUCAGCCAUAGCUUGUUGCAGAUUUACAGUUCUCAGUUCAUGCAAUACAUGUAAAUAUAUGUAUGUAAAUAGCACAAGUAAAUUUGUUUGAAAAUAAAAUGUGAAAAUGUGCAUUUCA